AUGCCCGAAGUCAUCAACAAUAAGAUGGCCGAGUACCUAAUCAUCCAUCUUCACAAGAUCUCUGAUGUCAACGAUCCAUUGCUCAAGAUGCUUCGUCGUAUGGCCGACUACUUGAUCCGGGAGCUUGCGAUCCCAGAGAAAGAUCGGAAAGUCACUGAGACUAGUAUGAUUGAGGGUUUUGUGCGAGUCUGUCAACCCGUACGCGUCAAGACCAUGAUUUGGGGUAGAUUUAGGGGCGUACAUCCACUUUGUACGUCGUUUGUGAAUAUAGAUAACGACGGUGAGCUUGAUCAUUGGCAAAAGGUCGUAGCAGCUAUGGAAUUUCUGGCAUUCGACUUGGUGCGGACUCUGCUAGCAACUAUGCCUCUCAACACCCGGAUACCCGGCAUAUAUAUCGGUCGAUGUCCACUAGUGAUGGCCGUGGCCGCGAAUAACAAUGACCUCUUCGACGAAAUUAUGGAUCAUUUCAAUCAGCUCAUAAAAACGCCUAGAGGCAGAGAUAUGUGCAGGUACGAAUACGAUGUCGACCAUGCGUUCUACAUUGCUGUCAACACUGGUAACUCUCGCUUCGUCAAGGAACUCGUCGAGUUUUGCCCGAGGCUUCCCCGUUAUGUAUCAAUAGAAACAUACAACAAAUGGCUUGAAGCUGCCAUUGCGAGUUUAAACACAGACAUCGUCAAGUCGGUCUUGCUUCUGUGUUCUUCGCGAGACAAAGUCAAUCCAUAUAUCUUGGCCAAUGCAUGCCGCACAGGUAGUACCGGUAUUGUCAACACGCUUUUGAAUGAAGGUAACGUAGGUGUCAAUAAAAGUCUACUUGUAUCCUUCAAGGCUCACCCACUUUGCUGUGCCAUCCAGUAUGGCGAUAUACUUAUCAUCGGCGCAGUCCUAGACGCUGGUGCAGAUAUAAAUGGGAAGGCUUACAGGCCUAAGCUUAGAUCUCUAGGUUCUACUUGUUCGCCAUUGGAGAUAGCCUUCGAGCGCGGAGACAAGGCUGUGAUACAAUUCCUCCUGAGCAGAGGAGCUACGAUACCGCCUCAAGCUGACUGGCCAAGAGUGAGGAGGCUGUAUGAUGUGGUACGAGAGGUUGCGAUUGCAAACGGGUGGGAAAAUGUGCCUACGUAUCCACACUAG